UAUUUACGCUAAGUUGCAAUAGAACAAGUGAAACAUGUCAUCGUGGCAAAAGGCUGGAAUUUCCUUCAAUAAGUACUUGGCAAUUGCUGCCAGAACCGUUCAAAGGUCUCUUAAAAACGAUCUAAAAGUUGCAGCCGAGAAGAGAUACAUUUCCGAUGCCAAGGUCCAGAAACUCGAGAAGGGUAAUGUUGUCUCAACUACCGACCUGGCAUCCAACAAGUCUGCUUAGAUAGAUAUGAAUAAAACAUGACAUUCCUUUAGUGGACGUAUCGGAAUGCAGCGGACACAAUGUUAUGACAACGUGGACACGAUAGAGAUGAGUGACGAGGACUAACCAAGCCACGUCCAUCUUUCUCCAGUUCACUGCCCAUACUUGUCAUACACUGGUGAUCCGCCAGACUUGGUCAAAUCUGUAGGUUUUCGUAGCUGUGAACAGCACUUCCGUUUGAACGAAACUCUCGGUGCAAAGGUGUCAUGUCUAGUGAAAGAAAUAAACUCCCUUCUUCACCUCUGCUUAACUAGGUUGUUCUGUUGUUGAGGAACAGCAAACAGAUUUAUCGACUUAUUUCACAUGAUUUUGAUAGCACGAUCGUUAAUGGUUCGUGUGCCUUCAAGGCCGCUGUUGGGAACUUUUUUCGUUCGUUCGCUUCCGGUAACAGGAAUGCUGGCAGCACGAACUCGAUCUCUACCAGAGCCUCUUUGGCGUCCUUCGUUGGUCCCUGCAAGCUUCCACCGCUCCUUCAGUGUGUUUGCGGCACGUCUGCAAAGAGCAGAAGUGCCCGAAGAAGCUGUCAAAGAGAAGAAGCCAAGGACUUUAAGAGAACGCAUUUUGGGUGUGGCAGAAGAAGAGCAAUCUGAGGCGGGCUUCUCGGAAGUUAGACGGCUGCUCAAGCUUGCACGAAGAGACAUCAAGCUUUUCUCUGUAGCAAUUGCCUUGCUAUUCAUCAGUGCGUUCAUAGUCAUGUCGCUGCCAAAGGUCACGGGGGAGAUUCUCGAUUCCACGAGACGGUACUCAAACCUCGAAGAAGCCCGAUUUUAUGGUCUCACGCUAUACCAGCUUCUCUCGGUGGUUGGUGCCAUGCUCUGUGUCUACACGGCGGCAACAUUCGGCCGAAUAAUUAUAUUGAGAGUCUUGGGCGAGAAAUUGGUGGCCCGACUUCGGUCGAACAUUAUGAAGAAUGUCUUGAGACAAGAUAUGGAAUUUUACGAUAAAAAUAAGGUGGGAGACCUUAUAUCGAGACUUUCCAGUGACGCGUACGUCGUUUCUAGAUCUGUGACCCAGAAUAUGUCUGACGGUAUCAAGCAUUCCAUUGUUGGAGGGACCUCCAUUGGUAUGAUGUUCCACAUUUCGCCGACCCUUUCUAUGAUUCUGCUCGCAUUUGGGCCUCCCCUGCUGCUUGCUUCCUACGCCUACGGAAUGAAAAUCAAGUCUAUCAGUAGGAUGUUACAGAAGGCGACUGGUAGUCUGACCAAAGUUGCUGAAGAGCAGCUGAACAACAUCAAGACUAUUCAGUCGUUUACAGCCGAAACGAAAGAAUUGCACCGUUAUGACAAUCAGAUCAGGAACGUUUUCAAGAUCAGUUAUAAAGAUGCCAUGACGAAUGCCUCAUUUUUUGUUUCCACCGGAAUUCUGGGCCAUGCUACCUUUUUGCUCACCUUGGGUCUGGGCACAAAUUUGGUUUUCAACGGAAGCAUGACCGUUGGUGAUUUGGCAGCUUACAUGAUGUACACAGAAUAUUGCGGAAAUGCAACUUUUGGUGUGGCCACCUUCUACACCGAGCUAUUCAAAGGAGCAGGUGCUGCUUCGAGACUCUUCGAGGUUCAAGAUCAGGUGCCUAGAAUUGACCAGGUCGUGGGCCCUAAGAUUGCUGGUUCCAAGGGCCACAUUGAGUUCAGGAAUGUCACGUUUGCGUAUCCAACGCGUCCAGACAAUAAGGUGUUUGAUAACUUGUGCUUUGAAAUCAAAGCAGGCUCCAACGUGUGCAUAGUUGGCCCUUCAGGAAAAGGAAAAUCCACAAUUGCGUUGUUGUUGCUCCGGUUCUACACCCCGAAUUCGGGUCAGAUCCUCAUUGACGGCGUGGACAUCACCAAAUACUCUGUCCAUUCGCUUCGUCAACUCCUCGGAUACGUUCAGCAGGAGCCUGUUCUUGUUCCAGGUACUCUAUCAGAAAACAUCACAUAUGGCUUGCCACGGAACGUGAAGGUGACCGCUGACAUGGUUGAAUGGGCGGCUGCCAAAGCUAACUGUGAUUUUGUCUACCAUUUCCCUGACAAGUUCAACACUGAUAUUGGGCCUAAAGGGUCGCAACUGUCUGGAGGCCAAAAGCAGAAAAUCGCCAUUGCGCGGUCUCUGAUCAAAAACCCUCCCAUUCUUAUUUUGGACGAGGCCACUUCUGCCCUGGACUCCAAAUCUGAGAAUGCCAUAAACCUGACAAUCGCAAACCUCAUGCGAGACAGGUCACUCACCACCAUCUCCAUCGCACAUCGUCUCUCAACCAUAGAAAAAUGCGAUGAGGUGCUCGUUCUCGGACAUGACGGCCGGCUGGCAGAGGAAGGCAAGUUCAAAGACCUAUAUCCUAACCGCAACAGUAUGCUCUACAAGCUGCUAAACGAACCACAGAAGAAGAAGAAGAAAGAAGACGAGCAUGAAGACCACGAGGCCCAGGAAGAUGACCACGAGGCCCCGGAAGACAAAGAAGAAAUGGAGCCUGAGGCUGACCACAACGAAGUGACAGGAGACGAGGUUACACGAGGUGCGUUCAUGAAACGGCGUGCGGUGCUCAAUGAGGAACAUGAAAGAAGCGAACAUAAGACUCUCACCUAGCACGACGACAUGACUAAUGACAUAU